AGUUGAGCGCGCUGCCCCGGAGCAUCCGCCAGCUUCUCUGGGGUGGAAGACGGUGGGAUCGUCCUCCGAGGCUCCGUUAAGAGACCGUCGGAAGCCUCAGCAGCCAGCCAGCCAAAGCCAAGCUGGAAGCACGAUGCCCUGGCGCAAGUGGGGCUCUGGCGCCGCGCGUUUUCUUCUGGCGGUUCUUGUCAUCCACAACUUCCAUUAUACCCUGAGCAACUUCAAGGGAUAUAAUCAGCAUCCACUCAACAGUUUUCAUUCUUCACCAUCGAAGAAAUGGACCAAAGAUUUCUUUAUAGACAUUAUAGAAGAAAAAGUUGCAUCCACAGAACUGAUUGGACGGGUCUUAAAUGAUGUAGCCCAGAAGGGACCUGUCACUUAUUCAAUGCAUGUGGAUGGAAAUCCAAAUGUGACAGUGUUUUCUAUUAGAGGCACCUGUGGAGAUGUAUAUGUGCAUCAUCCCAUCGAUCGAGAGAAGACGCCUUCUUUUUCACUCACUUUUGAUGUUCGUAGCACAACUAACAAUGAAAGGCUAGCAAAUCCCUUGAAUGUCAUCAUUCAUAUUCAGGAUAUAAAUGACAAUGCACCUCAGUUUUCCCAACGCGAAUUCAAUAUCAUCAUCAAAGGAAAUUAUCACAAAGGUCAACACUUUUACAGAAUGACAGCAUUUGACUCAGACCAAAAAGGCACUGCAAAUUCUGAAGUGGUAUAUUUUCUGAUUUCGCAGAUGCCUCAACUAAAGCUGCCUCUCUUCAACAUUGAUUCCUCUACUGGCUCCAUGAGCAUUACACAAUGCUUGGAUUAUGAGGCCAAUAGGAAAUUCAGAGUUCUGAUCAUGGCUUCAGAUCUUGGAUCUCCACCCAUGUCAUCAACCGCAACAGUCAAUAUUGAUGUGGAAGAUUCGAACUACAAUUUGCCUGUAUUUACCCAAAAACAUUAUGAUGCAGGUGUCCCAGAAGGCACAUCCGGAAUCAACAUCCUUCGUCUCAAAGUGGAAGACAAAGAUAGUCCUAAUACGCGUGCUUGGAAAGCCAAGUAUACCAUAAGAACAGGAAAUGAAAGAGGAAACUUUGUUGUUUUUACGGAUUCUUUAACUAAUGAAGGCAUUUUACAGGUUGCCAAGCCUUUGGUCUAUGGUAGCCUUUCCGUGAGGAGACUUGUCAUUGUUGUGGAGAAUGAAUUGCCCUUCUUUUUAUGUGAAGGCGGCCUUCAGCCACCAUUUUCUGAAGUCUCAGUGAACAUUAAUAUCACCAUUCGAAACUAUGCCCCUCAAUUCAUUCCUCCAUUUCUUCAUUUUAAAUAUCAAGAAGGGGUCAAGGGCGGUACUACACUUGUGAAAUAUAUAGCUCAUGAUUCAGACACAGCACAAGAUAAAAUCAGAUACAAAAUUGGGUUCGAUCCAAGUGGUUGGCUGAAGAUCAGUGAAUAUUAUGGAAUCGUGACAAUAGCAAAAACUCUUGGUAGAGAAUAUCUAUUUCUGAAUAAAACCAUUCUGAUUCACGCCAUUGAUGAUGGUAUUCCACCAUUAACUGGCACAGGUACCAUCCAACUUUACAUCAGUCCUUCAAAACUGAUUGCAGUACAAAACUUGACGAUAUGUGAGGGAAAAGGACUGGGUCCUUUCCGUAUAACAUCUGAAGUCGAAGAUUACAAUCCAUAUGCAGGAUCUUUAACAUUCCAAUUGGAAGAUGCUUUGGAGGGUAGUCAAAACUUCUGGAGAUUGGGAGAGAGCUCUGGUAACUCGGUUCAACUUUUUAUGCUGAAAAAUCACUCUCCUGGCGAUUACUUGGUGCCUCUCCGUAUACGAGACUUACAAGGGGUUUUUAGGCAACAGACUCUGAAUGUCCAAGUAUGCUCUUGUCUAGAUGGGAUCAAAUGUGACAUCACAAAUAUGGCCAUCGUGGAGCCCAGCACUCUUCCAUUGGGAGGAGUAAUUGGCAUAAUUGUGAUUAUAUUUCUGUUACUGAUAUGUGAUGGGCUGAGUAUUCUGUUAUUGUAUUUCUGUAUCGUUAAAGUGAAGAAAAAGCCUACAUUCAUUCCAUAUGAACUCGGCAACCAGUCCCUGAUUGACUACAAGGAGGAGAGUGAACCUGUUUUGAAUGCAGCUGGCCUGGGAAACCAUGCAACACCACCCUCAUUGUAUAAAAACAGUUUGGACGAAAAACAAAUAAUUAAGGAUGACCCUGGUGUGACAGACAUGAAAUUUAUACAAUCAACUGUGGAUCCUCCUGCAGGUUCACCUUUAAUUUACCCCUUGAACCGUAACACAACUGAAUCUUUGAAAAAGGAGUUUCAAAGAAGGCGGGACAACAUUACGGAAGGGAAACGGAGCUGGCUGUACUGGGAUGACCCUGGUGUGACAGACAUGAAAUUUAUACAAUCAACUGUGGAUCCUCCUGCAGGUUCACCUUUAAUUUACCCCUUGAACCGUAACACAACUGAACCUUUGAAAAAGGAGUUUCAAAGAAGGCGGGACAACAUUACGGAAGGGAAACGGAGCUGGCUGUACUGGGUGAACUUUUGGCAAAAUUGCAACAUAAAAGCAUCUGAGAACUUUUUGGAAACAGUGGCUGCUACCUUGAAACAAAAAUGUAAGCAAAUCAACAAGCUGGAGGACAACAUGGUUUCUUACAUGCCUCAUAUUUAUGCAGAAGAAGGAACGUUGGAGAAAAGCAAAUCUUUAUUGUCCCUGCUUGUUCCAGAAGAUGAGAAAAACAGCCUCCCUAGCAAUCUCCUGGAUGACAUGGGAUUUAUAUUUGACCCUCUUAGGAAAAUCUACCGCAAAUGAUGACUGCUCUUGCCCUGUACUCAGCUCAAUUCAUCUGAAAAUGAGGUAUUUUUUAAAAUAUAUAUACUAAGAAAUAUGCUCUGAAAAGUAUCCAGAGUAUUUCAGUGUUUCUCAGCACAAAAACACUUCCAGAUUUUAAAAACGUAGAUGGCAAUUUUAGCAGAGAAGGGACAACAUCCGUUUUGUGAUUUGAUUUAUGUUUGCAGAAGGCUGUUUGUUUAAAAAGUGGGAUUCUUCUACUUGUGCAAAAUUUGCUACAGACUAGAAGUUGGUUAACAGGUAACACAGACAAGCAAGUGCCUAUUAGUCAUCCUUUGCAAUGCUAGAUUUUAUAUGUUGGGAUAGUUUGUUCAAUAAUAAAUCCCUUUUAUAACAUUUCUUCUUAUGUAAAAAUGUAACGGCUCCAAGGGGGUUUUCCUGUUGAUCUUUCUGAAACAUUAUUAUCAAAGGUGGUAAAGAGGGUGUUAGGGAUGUGGUGGCUCAGUGGCUAAGACACUGAGCUUGUCGAUCGAAAGGUCGGCAGUUCAGCGGUUCAAAUCCCUAGUGCCGCAUAACGGGGUGAGCUCCCGUUACUUGUCCCAGCUUCUGCCAACCUAGCAGUUCAAAAGCACAUAAAAAAUGCAAGUAGAAAAAUAGGGACCACCUUUGGUGGGACGGUAACAGCAUUCUGUGCACCUUUGGCAUUUAGUCAUGCCGGCCACAUGACCACGGAGACGUCUUCGGACAGCGCUGUCUCUUCGGCUUUGAAACAGAGAUGAGCACCGCCCCCUAGAGUCAGGAACAACUAGCACAUAUGUGCGAGGGGAACCUUUACCUUUAUCUUUAAAGAGGGUGUUAACACUGGUGGUGUUGAAGGAAUUGAACAGGAAGGCUGUUUGAUCUGGCACCUGGGGGAGGGGGAAGAAUAUUAUGUUUUUAAUCUUUGUUUUUAUGAAUUGAUGUGAACUGCCUAGAAUCAAUAUACGAGAUAGGCAGCUGUAUAAUAGUAUGGCAUAGCAUACCAUAGUAUAGCUAAGCACAAUAAAGUAAAUAGUGCUACCUAUUUUUUGUUCGUUCAGAAGCUUCCUUGACUGCUUACACUUCCCAUUUGGAAAGAGCCUGACAGAUGAUCUGUUUUCUUCCUUGCGAUUUAAUUCAGUCUGGUGUGAACCUCCAAUCUGGUCCAAGGUCCCUUCCAAUGCUAAUAUUUUGAACCAAGGCAGUGUAAUAUAGUCCUGUCCACAAGAGGCCACCAGGAGUCUCAGAACCGCAUUUCAGACUAAUUGCAUUUCUUUUUCUUUUUUUAAAAAAGUUGAGAUUCUAUAAUAUUAUUGUGUUAUUUCUACUGCACUGAGAAGAGUUGGAAGUUAUUGCUUUCUGCCUCUUUUUCCUCUUCAUCCUACAUAUCCCCCUUUCCCCCUUUCCCAUUAUUUUCAUGUUCAUUUGUAUUUUAUACUCUGAUAGGUUUAAUAAAAUGAUAUUUUUA